CCCGUUAGGCGGUAGAGGCGGCGGCAGCAGCGGUGGCGACAUGAGCAGCGGGGCGGCGUCCGGGACUGGGCGGGGGCGGCCCCGGGGCGGGGGGCCGGGACCCAGGGACCCCCCGCCCGGCGAGACUCACAAGCUGGUGGUCGUGGGCGGCGGCGGCGUGGGCAAGAGCGCGCUGACCAUCCAGUUCAUCCAGUCCUACUUCGUAUCUGACUACGACCCCACCAUUGAGGACUCCUACACAAAGAUCUGCACUGUGGAUGGCAUCCCUGUUCGGCUGGACAUCCUGGACACUGCGGGUCAAGAAGAAUUUGGUGCCAUGCGGGAGCAGUACAUGCGUGCUGGCAAUGGCUUCCUGCUGGUGUUUGCAAUUAAUGACAGACAGAGUUUCAAUGAGGUAGGCAAGCUCUUCACUCAGAUCCUCAGAGUCAAGGACCGCGACGAUUUCCCCAUUGUGCUGGUUGGGAACAAGGCAGAUCUGGAGACCCAGCGCCAGGUCCUCCGAUCUGAAGCUUCCUCUUUCAGCGCUUCCCACCACAUGGCUUACUUUGAGGCCUCGGCCAAAUUGCGUCUGAAUGUCGAUGAGGUGUUUGAGCAGCUGGUCCGGACUGUCCGGAAAUACCAGGAGCAGGAACUCCCUCCCAGCCCACCCAGUGCUCCCAGGAAGAAGGGUGGGGGCUGCCCCUGCGUCCUGCUGUAGCCGAAUAGCUCCAAGCCACCCGCACAAGCUCUCUCGGGACCAGCUGCCUCACACUUGUGUGGCCGGAGGCUCCAGCUGAGCCUCAGUCUCCUCUGGGUUCCGGGCACACUACACCCUCUACCUUCACUUUCUGGCCUCCCGGGGCCACCACUGAGUGCCUUCUUCCAUACUUCCUUUCCCACCCAAGCCCCUGGUGGGAUCCGGAGGUCCCUGCCACUGCUGUAUAUAAAUAAGUCCAGUCUUUCAGAAAAAUAAAUAUCACUGCCUACA